AUGGAUUUUAAAUAUUUUAUAUUUUUGCUGCUUUUAAAUAGAAGUUCAAACGCGGAAGAUACAGAAGUUUAUAAGAUGAGUGAUAGAGUGUUCACUUGCAGUAAAUGGCUUUCUUCCGUCAUAGACAACUUCUGUAAUAAAGUCUUCAAGAUCGUUAAGAGGGACGCGUCCUCUCUCAUUGAUAAAUUAACUCCAAAGGAUUUACGUAAACAUCAGAAUAAACAAAGAUGGCGCGUGAGGCGGCAGGUCGCGAGCGAGUGUUGUGAAAGACCGUGUACUGUUGGAAACAUUAUAAUGUACUGUCCCGAUGACGCUAAACUAUUAAUAGAAGAUCCUGAUAUAUUCGAUUAG